UCUCCCAAGGUUGUGCUAGAAUGUGAUUCAGCUGUACUCGUACUUCUAUUAUAGGCAGUUCAGUGAAAAUCAGGCAGAUCGUAUUCAGAAAUUUUUUGUUAGUAUAAUGCAAAUUGACAUUUCGGUACAACUUUCCUGUUCAUCCAAUGUUGUGUGUAACUAAUUUUAGCACACUGUACGAAAUGGCUUAUGUACUGUGACUGUCGCAGAGCUACGAGAGUCGUGGCAGGCUGUUUUUAUUAAUUUUUUCUGUACAGAAGUUCGUGAGCUAGUUUGUUAUAACUUUGCAUGCAGGCCUAUAAAGAUCAGCUGUCUUAAUAAUGCCCCAGAUCGUUCUUUUUGUAUAGUAACAUGAAAUAUUCGAUCAGAUGUUUCGUUGUGUUGCAUCUGGUAAAGCAAACUGUGGUUGUAUGAAAUACAACAGUUACCACAAUUUAUCACCAUUGUGUACGGGUUGGAUGUAAUAUAAAAGAUGUGCGUUACAGCACCUUGAUUGCACAAUUGGCAAGACACUAUGUGAUUGUCAGUUAUGCCAAAGUUACAAGACAAUUGAAAAUACAUUAUUGUUAAGAAAUUGUGAUAAGUUUCACCUUCACCUGUGCCAUAUCUCUAUUCUGUUGUGUGUAACGAAUUUCAUGUCGUACCCCGUAAAAUGUUUUCAUCAGCUGCUGCUCUAAUACAUUCUGUAGUAUCACUUCAAAGUAAGGUGAAUAUCCUUCCAGACAGAAAAUAAGCCAAGAAGAUGUAUUUUAUGGUCACAAGACUUUUGCCUAUGUGGAAGAUUCCAAUAUUAGAUUAAUGGCAUCUUCUCCAGAUGUGGCUGAUUUCCCUCCUGAACUGUACGCAAAACCGUUAGCACUUGUGGGUUUGACGGGGCUUGAUGCUCUUAACAAUGCGGUGCACAGAGCAAUAUGGGAUGCAUUUAGUAACAACCGCAGGCCAGACAGAGCACCUGUACAGUUUAAGUUAUUGAGUGCAUCUCAUGAAUUUCCACCAAUGAAGCCAAAGAGAAACUCGUAUGACUGGUACAUACCUAAAGGAAUUCUCAAACGAAAUUGGAUGAACAAACAUUUGAACGAGUUACCUGCAGUAGUUGUUGUUUUUUAUGAACUGGAUUGGGAUGAUCCUCAUUGGAAUGAAAAACGUAUUGAAUGUUCAUCACGUGUACAGUCAAUGAGGGUGGCACUAGACGGACGAAACACACGCCUGGCUGUGGUGCUCAUUCAGCAAACAGUUUCAUUGCCAACAGGUGAAGAUGUUUUGGCAGCUGAAAGAGCAGCUGCUCUGUGCACAAGUUGUGAGCUGAAUCCCAAAUCAUUGUUUGUUCUUCCUCAUGAGGAUCACCUGCAUGGUUACACAAUUCGGCUUGAAAAUGCAUUCUAUGAUUUGGCACAAGCUUACUAUCAUCAUGAAGCACGUAAUGUAAAGGGUCAUAGAGAACAGCUGAACAAGACUACUCAUCAGUAUCUUUUUGUGAGGCACCAGUUCAAGGUUGGCUUUUUGAAUGAACUGAAGCAAGACAACCAUACUGCCCAAAAACAUUACUCGCAAGCAUACAGCAACCUGCUGGAAGUGAGAGUUGUAGACACAAAUGCCCUAGAAGUCAAGACAGUGGCAGGUUUCAUAAAUUACAAACUUUGUAAAAUAAUGUUCCAGCAGAAUUUACCAAGGGAUGCCAUCAAUCAGUUUCGAAAACACACAGAACUUUUUAGGAGCUGCCUUGGGGCAAAAGAUUUAGCAUUUGAACACCAUGCUUGGAUGUCAAAGCAAUUUUGUGCUUUUGGUGAAAUAUUUGAAGAAGCUAUAAGGCUUGGACUCCCUGCAUUACAGACACAACAUCCAGGGUUCUAUUACCAGCAGGCAGCACAGCAUGCUACCGAUAGAAAGGUGUCUUGUGAAGAAUUGUGCAAGCAUGUUAAAACAUAUCCAGAGCCAGAUCCUUUAUCUGGUGAGAGCUCUCUGGAAUUUUAUGGCCAGCGGCCCUGGAGGCCUGGUAAGCUGAGUGCGGAGCCUCCAGAUCCUUCCAAAGAAAAACAAGGUGUCCAAGCUCUGCAGUAUCGGGAAAAGAAUACUGUCAAUCAUUCGAUGCUAAUUAUUGGACUUCUGAGCAGUGCAAUAUCACAGUUUAAAACAUAUAGAUGCCCAAAAAUGAGAAGACAACUGGUGGUCCAGAUGGCUGAUGAAUACUACAGUUCACAAGAUUAUGGAAAAGCUCUGACCUUACUCUCACACAUGCUAUGGGAUUAUCGGAGUGAGAAAUGGUGGCUUUUGCUCACAAACAUUCUUACUCGUGCACUGAAUUGUGCCUAUCUUUCGGCUAAUGUUCAGGACUACAUCACACUUUCCCUUGAAGCACUGGCUGCUACAACUCAGCUUCCCCUGCCAGAAAAAAUAAGGAUACACAACAAUCUAGAAAAGCUUCUGAAGAAGUUACCUCCUGAUCCUGAGCCUAACGUAACACCUGAAGAGGGGCUUCGAGCAAAAGAUCUUUGGAGCAAAGCAUCGAGAGCAGAACUUCUUACCGUCACUGUAGAAAUGAACAGUAUUACAUCCUGCAUUGAAAGCAGAGCUCGCUUCACAAAAUCCAAGUAUCAAGCUGAUGAAAAUGUUGUUAUUGAAGUAUUUAUCAGGAGCUGCUGCCCACAACCGUUGCAGUUCAGCAAGCUGUCAGUCACUGUGAACAAUCCUAGUUACAGUUCAGAAUUUGCUGUGUGUGAUGAGGGACCUUCUCUGCUGUUUACAUGUGGUGAAGUGAAAAGAUUUGCAUGCAAGUUCCUGCCACCUGAUGGUGGUAGAGAUCUUCAGAUUGGCUCUCUGCUGCUGCAGCUAGGGACAGAACGUUGCACCAUUCUUCGUUUCACUGGAAGUGGUAAUGAUGGAGGUACAGCAUGUGAUGCUGUUUGUCCUGAACUACAGCAUUUCAGACCGUCACCUGUGAGUAUGCCUGACUUUGAUAACAUCAGGUCAUUGACAUCUGCAGUAAUUGUGCCACGUGACUCGAAACUAGAUGUUACUGUUAUCCAUGAUGAACCAGCACUUCUUGGUGAAUGGUAUCCAAUUAAAAUUGUCAUAAACAACACCGAAGAGCAGAAGCUAAAUGUUGUGGGUAUAGAUGUAAUGCUCCAGACAAGCACCGAUGAUGCCAGCAUUGAACAAGCAACACAAAUGUGUGACAAUGUCGCAGGCGAAUUACUGUCACUUCCCAUUCAUUUUGAACUACAAAACAUGGAAAAAGGUGCAACUGAAGAGAAAGUUCUGUACAUGAGAGGGCAUCGAACUGGACACCGCAAUUUUACUAUAAAUGCUUCCUACUCAUUAACUUUAUUCAGAGACUCUACGCCAGUUGAAAACUCCUGCCUGAAGGAAGUAUCAUUAACUUUGCCAAUUGUGAAACCAUUUGAUGUGAAUGCUAAAUUCUUUUCCAUGAAAUUUGAACCAGUUACCAAAACAUUUGCGAAGGAGCCUUUCUUGAUAAUGCCUCAUGUUAAUUGUAGCUCACCAUGCCCUCUGGAGAUAGUUGACUCUUCAUUAGAAUUGUCCCAGCAGGCUAGCUCUGUGGAUGCCACAAUGCAAUCACAGUUGCGUUCUGUGUGUCUUAAAGAUGGUGAAAUUGGGGCUGAAGCCUAUUGUGUGUGUAUAAACCAGGCAGCUGAGCAGCCAGUUGCGCUUGGGGUGUACACUUUACAAUGGAAAAGGAAAGGCAGCAACAGCCAGGUUACAAGCAGUAGCAUUAUGAUGCCUACAAUCCGGGUUGAGGCAUCACCACUUGCAGUUGAAAUGCGUUUACCUGCUCAUGGUUGGGUGCGCACUCCCAUGGCUGUGUCAUACCUGAUACGCAACCAUACUGAACUGCUCCUAGAACUGGAUCUCAGCAUGGAAGCCAGUGAAGCAUUUAUGUUUGCUGGACAUAAACAGUUGCAGUUAAGAAUACUUCCAGACAGUAUUCGUACAUUGGACUACAAUUUAUAUCCUCUACUCUCUGGUCUUGUUGCACUGCCAAGACUGAAGCUUACACCUGUGGAAAGAUCAGACUCUCCUGUACAUCAGUCUCUUCUCUCUGAACUACUAGAACGUUCCUUGCCGUCUCACGUUUAUGUCAUGCCACAGGCAAAGAAAGCUGCAACAUCUGUCGCAGUUGCAUCUUAGUUUCCAUAAAAAGUUGCUUGGGUGUUAUGUGACACCCUGCUAAGAAACUAUGCCCUGUCAUCUUUUCGGAUAAAUAAAAGUAUUUACCAUUUUGUAAAUAUAUUUAUUGCUGAAAUAAAGAUAACUAUUCAGUA